AUGAAAAUAACUCCUGCAGACUCAACCCUUGAUAUAUCAAGGAACCAAAACAGAAAUGACGCAAUGAAAAACUUUCAUUCAAGCCCCUAUUCCAAUGUGUCCAAAUUCAGAUCGCCAGACAGCACAGGAAACCCUGAAGAUGAUUAUUCAAACUAUCAGUCUUAUAUUGCAGAAGAGCUCAAUGAAGUCUACGCUGGAGCCCUACCAAAAGUCACCACAAACCUUAUCCGAAUAAGUCGACCGUUUAGACUGCGCUGGGAUUUAUUUAUGAUUCUUGUAGCCUUGUACAAUACGAUCACUACCCCUUUUGUGAUCGCUUUUUUCAAUGCUAUAGACCCGUGGUUUUUGGAGCUGAAUAUUGGGCUUAACUGUUUGUAUUACAUUGAUAUUGGGUUUAAUUUCUUUACCACUUAUAUAGACUCCAAGGAUGAUGAAAUUUUUGAGCACAAAAAAAUAAUUUGGCAUUAUCUGACAAGGCUGUUUUUUUAUGAUUUACUAUCAGCGCUGCCUGUUGGAGAGCUUAUGAUCCUUUCAGAUAAUGAUAUUUCAGAAAGAAAAAAACUCUGGCUUGCUUUAAAUAUGCUUAAAGUAAAUAAGAUAUUAACAAGGCUUGGGAGGAUGCUUAGAUUUGCUAGAACUAAAGAUUACGUUAAAGUACUUAUGAGACUUGCACAGUUGACUUUGUAUUUAAUGAUGUGGGUUCACCUCACUGCUUGUGUGUGGUUUUAUGUGAUACGAGAUGAUGAAGAAUGGAUCCCGACUCCAGACUUCUUAACGGGUAUCACACAUCUUUAUACUUCAGACACUGUUAAAAAGUAUGUAGUUGUAAUUUAUCAUGCUGUUUGGUUAUUAGUUGGAAAUGAUGUUGUCCCAAGAGAUGCGACGCAAGCUUGUCUUGGAUCAUUUUUGAUUCUCAUUGGAAGCAUAAUUACUGCAGUCCUCUUCGGAGAAAUGGUCGUCCUCAUGUCAAACCUGAGCAGAAAGCAAGAUCAAUUUCAAGAACUUCUUGAUGGAGCUAUGACAACGAUGAGCAGCAUGAAACUCCCUGACAGACUGAAAGGCAAAAUUUUAAUAAAUAAAAUGGCAUUCGGUUCGAGAGAAAUUAGCUCUGUAAUUUUCUCUCCCUCAUGGAAUUUUAUUUAUGGGGAUGGGUUUUCUCUCGAGAACUUCUGCACAGCAGUAGCUGCUUAACUUUGAGGAUAACCAAAGGAACAGCUCCUAGUGCGUUCAAGAUCUCGGGGUUUUACCCCUCAGCAUUUCUCCACGGGAAGAAGACCCUCAGGCGGAGCACGCGCAGAAGCUGAGUCAAGGCAAAGCGACGGCAACGCGCCGGGUGAGAUGUGCGGCGGCUAGGGGUGAAGCGUUGAUAGAAAGCUUGGCGGGUUGGGCUGACCACCGUGAUCCAAGAUGGCUCCGUGACGUCACUAGUUAGCUAAAAGUUCCAUUUUGGGACUGCGGCACUAGACACCUUAAAGACCGAACAAUUAAGUUAAGUUAAGAAAGCAAAAUUUUAGACUAUAUAGCUGUAACACAUAUGUCUUCAAGCUCUCAAGAAGAAUACGAAACUUUCAAGAAAUUUAUUUCUCCAUCAUUGCAGCAAGAAGUAUCAGCUUGCAUUUAUGACCCAAUUAUUUCAAAAAACCAUGUCUUACAAAAUGAAGAAAGAAUGUUUUAUAUGCUAGUCCACAGGCUUAGCAAUCGAUUUACUAAGCCUGAAGAUGAAAUUAUUACUGAAGGCGCUGAACCCGACAAUAUGUAUUUUUUAGUUAAUGGAGAAGUUCAAGUUUUUGUGACUGAUAAAAAUUUGAAAAAAAAUUCAGUCUGCUUUUUAAGUCCUGGGGCUCAGUUUGGAGAGCUUGGCUUGAUUUAUAAUAUUCAUAGAACAGCUUCAGUAAUCGGCUAUGGAUACUGCACUGUUGCAGAACUCAGUAAGAAAAAUUUCCAGUCAUUAGUUCUAUCAUUUCCAACCCUCGAAAACAAGCUUAUUAGAGCAAGCGAGGUAUAUGAUGAUCCAUGGAAAAAGUUUUUAUUGGAUUCUCUCUCACAAGCUGAAUAUUUCGAAGCUUUGCCUAAACACGUUUUUAGUGAGCUUGCUUAUCGCAUGGAAACUCUGAAGCUUGAAAAGGGUUCUUAUCUCUUUAAGCCUGGAGACAUUCCAAAAUACAUAUAUAUAGUUGCAUUUGGAGACUUAGAAAUUUCUGCGACAAUUAAUGAAAAGCAUUUGCAUUUAUUAAAAGUGCAUGAGAGAUUCCCAGAAAUUGAAAGUGAUCCUAGAAUUCCUAAAAAACACACAACUUUGGAAGACUAUAAGCCUUACUUUUUUGAUAUAUUCAAAGCUGAAUGCUUGAAGAAAAAGGCAGAAAUUGUCCCAAUAACGAAUCAAAAAGGCAUAGUAGGCUCCAUUCGGCUUGAUGAAGAGCUUCCUGAACAAACUUCUUUAAUAGGGGAUUACCCUCAAGAAAUCGUCAUAGGACAUGUUUCUCAAGGCGCCCUUAUCUCUUCAAAAUUCAUACAUGCAAAUAUCCCUUAUCUUUUUCAAUGCAAAGCACUAAAUGCAGUAACUGUGUAUGCAUUGAAAAUAAACAUUAUCAAGGAACUCUCACAUAGUCAUUCUGAUUUUAAAGGAGAAAUAAAAAUAAUUAAAGAAGACAUAAAAGGGAAGAAAUUCCCUGAAAUUGUGGAUGUCACUGAGCCUGAGUCUUCAAGCUCGCAGAAAGUGAGAAGACUUUGGGUUUCAGCAAUACUAAGAGUAAUCAGCACUCUCAGGCAAGAACGUAGAGGGGGAGUUGCAUUAUUACUACAAAUCACUUCAAAGCUAAAAGCCAUUAUAGCUUGUGAAGAGGCAAAUAAUUUUGAUCUUGCUGAAAAAGUAGCAAGAGGCGAUAUCCCACCACAUUAUAUUUUAGAAGACGGAACAUUAGACCCAGCCGCAAUCAAUUCCAGUAUAAACUCAACAUUACCUAGAAGCCACCCAAUUAUGCUUGCCUUUAAAGAAAUCCUGGAUUCGAUCACUCAGCCAGGUGGGAAUAUUGUAAAGCAGUAUAACUCGCUUGAAAAACGAAUUUUACAGCAAUCAAAGCUCAUUCAAAGCUAUGAAAAAAAUCUCAAUGAUGUAAAAUCAUCACUCAGAAAAAUCAUUGAAAAUCUUAAAGGAAAGCCUUUAGAGUCUUACCCCAAUCAACCAAGCCAGCCAAGAGGAACUAGUCAGCCUAAAGAGCAUCUCGAAUCAAGAGAGCCCAGAGAGCAUUUCGAAUUUAUUGAGCCUAGAGAACCAUCCCCUCUUCCUGAAACUAGUGAUAGGCCAAGAAACAAAGAAAUGCUGAAGCUUGAUAUACAAAAAGUAUAUAUGGCCCAAGAAGCAAGACAAAAGCGAAGAGAUGAAAGAAAACAAAAGAAAAUGCAAAUGAAAAAUGAUAGAGCUUCUGUCAAUGAAGCUGUAAUCAGGCCGAAGACUGAAGAAAACGAUUCAAAAGAUUUACUGUCUUUUAUUAAAGACAGCAAAGAGUAG